CACCCACGUGCGGCUCGUGGUUGGGAAGUGGGAACACAUUCUGCACGUAGCAGACGUAUUAAUCAGAGAGGGGCCAUCUGCUCCCUUGGUAAAUAAAACGGAGAGGAGUUGGCCGGACUUUUCCUCCCUCCCCAAAAUAAAUAAAUAAAGAGAGAGAGAGAGAGAGAGGGAGGCGGGGAGGGGAGUGUCCACACGCGCUGAGAUCUUCCGGGCUCGAAGCAGAUAAGAAAAAAGGGCUUCCUGAGCUUCUUCUUCCAGUAAUCAUCUGCUUGCCAAGGCGCUAGUCCUGGUAGUCAGAGAAGGGUCAGUCCGGAGGAGGAGAGGCAGCAAUUUCCUUGAGGCGGACCGCACGGAAGACUUCCAAAACUUUGGCCAAACUUUGCGGAUAAGUUUGAAACAGCUCCUCUUGGGAAUCCAUGGCUUUUUAAACAUGCCGCGGUUGGGUUGAAUGGGCCUUGGGGCUUCCUUGACACGAGUCUUUGCUUUGCCUGACUUGAAUCCUUGCUAAAUAACACAGGGCACUUUCGGCUUGUUUGGGGAGCCCCCCCCCCCCCCCCCCCCGCCAUGCCGUUGGGGAAUCUCAAGCGGUUAGACCUGGAGAAAAUCGCCUUGGACUACAUCGUCCCCUGCUUGCACGACAUGGGCUUCUGCUACCUGGACAAUUUCCUGGGCGAGCUGGUCGGGGACUGCGUCCUGUCGCGCGUGAAGCAGAUGCACUACCGCGGGGAGCUCCAGGACGGGCAGCUGGCCGGGCAGCGGCAGGGCAUCGCCAAGAGGCACUUGCGGGGAGACCAGAUCAAGUGGAUCGCCGGCACCGAGGAGGGCUGCGAGGCCAUCCACUUCCUCCUCUCGCUCAUCGACAGGCUGGUCAUGUACUGUGGAAGUCGGCUGGGCAAAUACUAUGUCAAAGAGAGGUCCAAGGCAAUGGUGGCCUGCUACCCUGGGAAUGGAACUGGCUAUGUGCGUCAUGUAGACAAUCCUAAUGGUGAUGGUCGCUGUAUCACUUGCAUUUACUAUCUAAAUAAGAAUUGGGACUCAAAGCGUCAUGGGGGAAUUCUGAGAAUAUUCCCAGAGGGCAAGUCCUAUGUAGCGGAUGUAGAACCCAUAUUUGACAGAUUACUUUUUUUCUGGUCAGACCGAAGAAACCCACACGAAGUGCAACCUUCCUAUGCAACAAGAUACGCUAUGACUGUGUGGUAUUUUGAUGCUGAAGAAAGAGCAGAAGCCAAAAAGAAAUUCAGGAAUUUAGUUGAUGCAGGGAAGACAGAUGCAGUUCUCAAUGAAGACUGAAUUUACUCAUACGGUUUUUCAGUGAUGAAUAGGGGACUGUUUGCAAGCAAUAAGAUCCAAAGGCAACAUGGUCUGUUUCCAAUUAUUAUUGGACACUCUUUUUACUUGCAGAAAUGCACUGUUUUUGGCACUCUCUUGUAUUUGCAUAUUACGGCGAUGGUACUCAUGGCAGCUUCGUAUCACACACCCCUUUGGCAUAAAUCACCCCUCUUUUCUACUCGCUUUUAACUGAAAAAAAUGCACCCAGGGUUUUUGAAAGUGAAGAAUAUCCCAAGCUUCCCACUAAUGUCAAGACCAAGUUGGCAAUACUGGUAAUAAAGAUACUAAACAUUUGGAAUAUCUGGGGGAAACUUGAGUCUUAUUUGCACUUUAUUUACCUAGUAUUUUUCAACGAGAUUGAGUUUUUACAGACCACAGAUGGGCAACCCAAGCAACCAGAGAAGCAAAAUGGAAAAAGACAUUUGUCAAGAGCCAAGGUCAUUAUGCCCAACGUGGGGCCUUUCGUGGACUGCCUUGUCACUUUACUGCACAGACUAUUGGUUUUACUGGUUUAUAUAAUUAAUUUCUAAGAAAAAAAAGGAUAAGCCUCCUAUUUGCCAUAAAAUGAUUUUAUCCAUGUUGCUAAAGCCAGGCAACAGUGGCCUUUUAGAGCCCCAGAGGCGGAGACUGUUUUGUCCACUGUUUGUGAAAAAAACAUUUUCUUUUCUGAAGCAUGACAGAUGUGUGUAUGACUUUUCAUUCUUUUUAAAAAAGGCCUUUGUUUUAUGAAUCUGCCAGCAUCCACACACCAGCUCCUGUCCAAAUUUGUAAUGUUUUUAAAAGUUGAAGACAAGCUAAAUGCAUGUAUGCCAAGAAUUGAUCCAGCCAAGUGUAUUUUUCAUUUUACUUUUAAAAACUGAUCUUCCACCAGCCAUUGUUUGUCUAAAAAAAGUAGAAUUCUGGUUAUUUAAAUUGACAAAUAAAUAUUUGUUGGAUAAUUGUAGCCAAUUAAGUGAUAAUGCCAUUUGGAUUAUUUCAGAUCUUUGAUUAACAUAGCAACCCUAUUGGGGAGCAAGUCCCAUUGAUUCAAUUACAUAUACUUCUAAGGCCCCUUCCACAAAGUUGAAUAAAAUCUUACAUUUUCUGCUUUGAACUGGAAUAUAUGGCCCUGUGGACUCAAAUAACCCAGUUCAAAGCAGGAUUUUCUGCCUUGAUAUUCUGGGCUAUGUGGCUGUGUGGAAGGGCCCUAAGAAGAUAGGGUUAGGAUUGCGUUGUAUAUGCCUGAUGUCACACUUGAAUUGUACAGCUGUUGCAAACCUAACCACUGUUUGUGAAUCCAUGAGAAAAUGUUUUGACUACUACAGCCUUAUAGCUUAAUCCUAAGAUUAGUUGUGCUAGCGCACACACUUGUGUGUGUUGGAUGAGAUAUACCAAUUGUUUUACCUAUGCAAUAUCAUGAAACAUUACUUUGCAGGCAGGCACUCUGAAAUUGUUUUGGAGUAAGGUUCACAGCCUGCAUCCUGCCACACCAGAGCCCCACUGCUGGUUGAAUGUCUGUGUAGAUUUGUUUUGAUAUGUAUUUAAACUGAAUAGGGAAAAAUUACUCAGUCCCAUGUGUUACAGGUAAAUAUUUCCAUCCUGCAUUUGAGCCAUGAGCUGUACAGAAGCAGAAUCAAUAAUGAAAAGGAAUACAUUUUCUUACUAUAGUUUUACUCUGUAAAAGACAAAAGAUUUCAGUGAGUAACUUUUCAAUGCUACUUUACUCAAUAAAUAGUAGAACUGUGGGUAUUCAGCACUUAGCAUGGCUCAUUAUUAAAAUGCCACGUCCAAGAGUUAUUCCACAAACAUGUUGAUUUCAGGAAAAUAAUUAAUGUAAACAUCCUGUCAGGAUAAAUUCGCUGUCUUAACUGAUAUCUCUAGUCAUAUUGUGAACUUUGUAUCAGUGAUUCAGUUUGUUCUUCCAAAUAUGUAUAUCUCUUCUCUUCCAUGUCUUGUAUCCUCCCAGUUACAUAACCAACUCUGGCAAUUCUCAUUUUUUUCUCUUCCUCAGCCAAUUUGUUUCUUGCUAUUUUCCUUUAUGUAGGAAUGGCAGUUAUUAUGUCACUUUAUUUCUAGACAAGCCAGAUGCUUGUCCCAUAAUUGGAGCCAGUAAAUGCAACAAAUAUUGAGACAUUGUCCAGCCUUAAUUUAUUUUAGCACAGCAUGUAAAAGGCAACAGGUUUUGAACAAAACAGUUGUUUGAUCUAGAAAAGAAGACACUGUUAUUGCCCAAUUUGAUGUGUGAUUUUUAAGAUGCUACUGAAUUAUUCCAAAUCCUCUCAAAUUUGAAGACACCUAUUUGCUCACAUGGCUUUACACAUUUGUGUGAGAUUGCUAUGUGACCUCAGUAUACAGCUCCUGUUUAAGUCAAGAAGAAUUAAUCAGCUCAUAGUAGAUUCAUCAUAUAUACCAAUGUAGUCCUUUUGUUUUAGUGAGUGAUCAGAGUCCUUACGUGGAAGAUGCAUGAAUAACUCACAUUGGGAAGAAAAUGUAACAUGACAUUCCAUGUAUGCCUACCACAGUAGAGUUCUGUAGAUCUGAAAAUCUGGCAUUGAAUUGUAUCCAUGGAAGGGAAUGGGGGCAAGAAUUUCUUCCUCAGCCCAUGCCCAAUUUGCAACCUUUCUGUUUUUAAUGGGGUAGUAAAGGAAAAUAUAAGCAAGCUCACCUAACAUGGUUACAUGUGAGCUAGCAUCCUUCACAGAAUGUCUUCUGAUCCACCAGAGAAUUCUGGAAAUGUAUGGAAGAAAAGAAAAUAUUUUUGCUUAUUAUUUCUAGACUUUUCCCCUUUAUCCUGCCUUAGUCUGUGCUAGGAAUUUGGAAAACCUUUCUUAGUACUAUGGAGGUUAGUUGAGGGAGGGCGAGGAAGAGAUCUGGGAAAGGAAAAUUAUGAAGCUUUCCUCUUCUAUAUUUCAAAGAAUAUUUUUGUGAAUGGAAGUAAGACAAGGCCAGACAUUCCAUACACAUGUGACAAAAUAAACAUUACUUUUUGGACUAUACCUCCCAGAAUCCCAUGGUUAGCUUGUUAACAUGCAACAAAAAUUGCAUUUUCAAAGCUAUGGAAAAUGAACUUUCCCCUCAUUUCCCUGUAAACAAACACAUCAGAAUUAAACAAAAACUGAUUUUAAGAGACAAAUUAAAAUCACAGGAAACUGUGAUGGAAGAAGAUUUUAUCUUGACAGCUGUACAUGUCUUAUCAGGAAGGUGUACUACACAUUCUCAGGAAUUGGUCGACAGAUUUCAUGCAAUAUAUGUUUCCUCCUUUUUUUCCUGCAAUAACUGGGCUUACCAGUCAUAGAUAAGACUGCACAGACUAUUGGUUUCACUGGCUUAUAUGAUUACUCUCCAUUCAUCAUACUUAGUCUCUGGAGCAUUUGAGAAUUUAAAAAACUUGUGUGUUCACUAAGAUGUGCCUUCAAGGGCAGUGAAAUAUCUGAAUAUUUUAUUGAAGCAUCUUUUUUCAAAAUUUGUGUUGCCUCCAAGAAUCAGUAAAGAACAGGUGAAGCAAUUGAAAUUAUUCCAAGUCCAAUUUCUGUUGGUCUCAAAUUUGAAAGUCCCCAAGAAAUGAUCAGCAGAAAUACUGCAGCUUUCCCUGUUCAGUCCCAUUUUUCUGGUAUUUUCUUCUUGAUUUAGAGUUGUACUGGAGGACUUAGAGAUUCCCAAAGAGGUGUCAAAAAUAGCAUUUUUUAAUUUGUGGUUUAUCAGUUUCAUGGGGGUCCUGUGUCCCUAACAUCAAUGCAUGAGGAGGGUUGACAGUAUUAACAAAGUAGGGUUACUAUAUUUUGAAAAGCAAUAAAGGCUUAUUGAUUGACUGUUUCAAGCCAACAAUCACUAUGGCUAUUCUUACUUUAGAUACCCCUGCUUUAUAAACUGGGAUAAUAGCUUGUAGAAAUAUUCCUAAUUUUUAUGGCAUUGAAAGAACAAUUUUGUCUUCCCUUUUAAAUCCACUUGAAUUUUUUUUGGUAACUCUGAAAAAAGAUGAUAUGACUGGAAAAAAUGAUGUAUAUCUCCUUUAUUUUAAAUAAAAUAGUUUCUAGACCCUUCAAUUUUUAUUUCAGGUCACCAUCAUCAACACUUUCAAAUUGUCCAAAUAUGGGCCUGAACUCUAUUGGUUGUUCCUGAAUAGAAUAAACCCAUUGAAUGAAUUGUUAACUUAGGAGUAAAUGGAGAGAUGGAAAUUCUAAUUGGAAUUAAUAGGAUUCAAGCCAAGGCAAUCCAACAUUAGAUGGAGUAACACUAUAAUACUCUCUGUAAAAAAUAAAAAAACUACCGCAGAAUCCAUUGUAUGUAAACUACAGUAUUAUGUUUAUGAGAUUUCAUUGAUUGGUCAAAUAGUCAAGUCAGUUAAAAGAAUAUAGUCCAUUUAUUUUCCAAACUGUUUCUUUACAUAUGAAGCCCAUCUUACAAAAUUUUAAUCGUAAAUUAUAUUAACUGUAGAAUAUUGGACAAAAAGACCACUGUUCUUCAUGUUGAUCUGUUUUAAAAGAGUCUGUUUUACUUUAAUAUUUGAGCACAAUCUUAGAGAUUUAAUGGAUUGAUAAAUCUCACAUUCCCUUCAGUGUUUCCUUUCUUCCUAUGAGAUAGUAAUCAGAAAUUCAGCUUCCAUUUUUUGACCUCUACUACAGUGUUCCAUUCUUCCCCAUUGAUGAAAUAGUACAGUGUUAUUUUUCAGUGUAGUUCACUCUUGAAUGGGAAGUACAUCUAUUUGCUGGUGAAUAUCUUAUUUCUUUUGACAUUUGCUCCGCAAAUAUCUCUGGGAGUACUUUUAAGCAUACCUUUUGCCAGGUUGAAUGCUGGUUAUUGUUGCUGCCAGGUGGACUGGAUACUGAUCCACACUGUGGUAUUUUGGCUUCUAAUCUACACCUUGUCUUUUAUUUUAUGUUGUUGUUUUUUUAAAAAUGUUGGAAUGAAAUAAAAUGCUGCAGCGGUCAAUGAAA